AUCAAGCUAAAUUGACUUGCCUUUGCCAGGCUAGAAGUUCUUUGAAGAAGCUGCGGGAAGACUUAAGUAGUAAACUUGAGAACAGACAAGGAGAUAAACAGCAUGCACAGGUCAUGCUGGAAAAGCAGAACGGGAGCUGGCUGUACCCAGAGAGGCUGCGUGCUGAUUCCUGGGAGGACCAGGAGGAGGACUGCUCAGGUGAAGACGUGGAAAAGAUCCGACAGACGGCGAAAAGGCUGUUCACGAAGCUGCAGGAGGCUGAAAAGCGACAUCAGCUGGAAAAGAAAGCCUUUGAGAGGACGGUCUCGCAGUACCAGGAGGAAGCAGAGCAGACGAGCUCUGCCCUGCGGAGAGCGGAGAAGAGCGUGGUGGAGAAGGAGGUGGAGGUGGAUGAGCUGCAGAGACUCCUGGCAGGGAUGGAGAAGGAGCACAGGAGUUUGCUGCUGAAGAUGAAAGAAGGCGAAGCAGAGCUGGCGAGGCUGAGAAGCGUGGAAGGUGACAAGCUCGCCGAACAAGACCGGUCAGCCCAGCUGGAGAAGGAGGUGGCCAUGCUGCGAGAGAAGAUACACCACCUGGACGACAUGCUGAAAAGCCAGCAACGCAAAGUCCGCCAGAUGAUCGAGCAGCUCCAGAACUCCAAAACAGUGAUUCAGGCCAAAGAUGCCGUGAUCCAGGAGCUCAAGGAGAGAGUCGCUUACUUGGAGGCUGAGAACCUGGAGAUGCACGACCGCAUAGAGCACUUGAUCGAGAAGCAAGUCAGUCGGGGCGGCCACAGCUCCAGAGUGCGCUCGAAGUCGGAGUAUGUGAGCAGCAAAAGGCUGACGGGCCCCAAGCCGCUGCCUCUCAUUCGAGUAGUGGAAACAUGA